AUGACCGCAAUUAUGGCUCAAUCAGUGUCUUCAGCUGGCUACGAGAAGUAUAGCUUUGGGGAUCACUCCCUGCAAAACGUCUACGUGCACAUCCCCUCGCCGCAACCUCCAUCAAAGUCGGGCUACUGGAUAGUCUAUAUACACGGCGGCGCAUGGCGUGAUCCAGAAAUCCUUGCGCCUACAUUCAAACCCACGCAGGAUGUGCUUCUAGCAAGUAACAAUGCAGACAUAGCUGGCAUUGCGUCCAUCGAGUAUCGACUCACGGCUCAUCCAAACUUCCCGCAGGAUGCUGUCUCUGUCAAUCCCCAGGAGUACAGAAAUGCUAAACACCCAGACCAUGUUUCUGAUGUGCAAAAGGGACUGGCCCUGCUGCAGGAGAAAUAUGCGUUUGGCGAACGAUAUAUCCUCGCUGGACAUAGUUGCGGGGCUACUCUGGCGUUUCAAGCGGUCAUGAAUCGAAUUGUGCCCGCAAGUAAUAUUGUGCGGCCACUAGCGAUUGUAGGCGUGGCGGGUAUCUAUGAUAUGCCUUUCCUGGUGAAGACCUUGAGUCAUAUCCCUGCUUAUCGAGAGUUUAUUACCGACGCCUUUGGUGCUGAAGAAGUCUGGCGUAAGGCGUCGCCUGCUCCAGAUACAGCCGGAGGUGUUGUAGAAAGCUGGAAGAAUGGCCGGGUGGCCGUCCUCGCGAGAUCAACCAACGACGAGCUGAUGCAUGCGUCUCAGUUGCCAACAAUGGAGGAGGCUCUACGCCCGUGGGUUGCCGGUGGGGAAGGUGGGAAGCCACGGAGAGUCAAGGUUAUUGAGGACCUAUCUGAGACCCAUGAUGGGAUUUGGCGUGGUGGAAAGGAGCUUGCCUCUCUUAUUUCCGUUGCUAUCAAGGAACUGCGAGACUUGGAAGCAUAG